AUGCUGCUGGGAAUCAGCCUGCUGGUGCAGCCUGUGCAGGCAGACAAAAGCGCAGUGGUAGCUUCAAAGGUCAUGGCUGGUGGUGCCUCGACCACAGGCAAAAACAGUGGAUCUGCGAAGAACAUCACUCGUGGUGUAGAUGUCUCUGGGGCGGACUACUCUGGAAAGAGCAUCGUUGGUGUGUCCUUCCAGCAGUCGACAGUCCGUGAUUCCAAGUUCGUCAACUGUGACUGCCAGAGCGCAAGCUUCUUCGAUGCGGACCUCACGAAUGCAGACUUCACGGGGGCCAACUUGAACCAGGCGAACUUUGAGCUGGCGAAGCUGCGCAAUGCCAUCUUCGACAAUGCCAUCGCAACAGAAAUGUACAUGAAUAGCACGACGGGAGUGGAGUUCAAGAGCAUCGAGGGUGCCGACUUCACUGACACACCCUUCCGCAAAGACCAGUUGGACGUGAUAUGCCCACUCGCGAAAGGCGUCAAUCCCAAGACAGGCGUUGCGACCCGUGACAGCCUGGGCUGUGCCUUGCUCACCUUUGAAAGAGCCCAGCCGUCCAGGCUGUGCUUCAUGAGCAUGGAGGCAUGUGCCAACAUGUGCCGCUACCUUCUCAUCCGUGCUCGCUACAUAUCGACAAAGACAUACAAAGACCCAGACCCGAUCCAGCAAAAAAGGCGCCGGGUGCUGGUGAUCGGCGGCAGUUUCUCCGGCCUUGCCGCCGGCCGUGACCUGGCCAACCACUUCCUGGUGACGAUCAUCGAUGCCAAGGAGCCUUUCGUGGAGUUUUUCGAGUACACUCCGGGCGUGCUGCGGGCCUACGUGAAGCCGAAGCACUUGGAUGCCUUGACCUUCACGCUGCAGCCAGUGAUCGAGACCCGCAUGGGCUGCAAGUUCAUCUGGGGCGAGGUUAAGGAGCUGAAUGGCGACGAGAAGACCGCCACCUACAAGCCCAUGUUCGUGUCGGGACGGGAAACCAUCGACUUCGACUACUGCCUCAUCUGCGCCGGCUGCAACUUCGGCCCUUUCCACAAGUGGGGCGAGUCUCUGUGGUUCCCCACCAUCCAUGAGGAUGCGCGGCCUGAAGGCUCUUGGCCGCACCUCGAUGAGCGAUUCUUGGAGGGUCGACGCCGCCACAUCCUGGAAGAGUUCAACUUCAUCAAGAGCCUGAACGACAAGAGUGCCACGAUUUUGGUGGUGGGUGCGGGCUUCAUUGGCGUGGAGUGGGUCACGGAGCUCCAGCACUUCUUCCCGAGGCUGAAGCUGACGAUCAUCGACUUCCUGCCACAGCCCCUCGGCCCACUGCCGGCCAACGCGGCCAAGUACUGCGAAAAGUACAUGAACAAGGUGGGCAUCAAGCAGUUCUACAACACCAAGUACGAUGCUAAAGACCCCGAGUUCUGGAAGAAGAUCGAUCUGCCAAGUGGGCCCGACAAGGAGUACGUGUGCAUCGGUGUGAAGGCAUCGAAUUACUUCAUGCCCAAGGAGACACUCAGCGAGAAGGGCCCUGGUGGUGGUGGCUGGAUCCUCAUGGAGCAGAACCUGGCCGUGAAGACCCGCGACGGCAAGAGGUGGGGAGCUGACGAGAAGGGCUUCCCGCGCAUCUAUGCGGUGGGCGACUGCAAUUACUCCUGCGUCGAGGAGCCAGGCAAGAAGCCCAACGAGUGGCCCAUCCCGCCCAUCCCCAAGAUCUCCUACCCGGGCGAGGAGAUGUGCAUUGUGGCGUGCACGAACAUCGAAAAGACGGACCGGCUGCUGUUCCAGAACAAGACCGUCGACUGCUGCGGCGACCCGCUGAAGGUCGCCGACCUGCACUGGCCUUGGGGGGCGGGCAUGUUCGCCACCUCGCUGGGCCCUGACGACGCUUGCUUCGUGGCCGGCGCCAACUGGGAGAAGAACUCCGGCCUCAUGUGCGUCUGGGGCCAGGUCUGCGCCGUCCAGAAGGAGGUCAUUGAGGCAUCCAAGACCGAUGAGUGCGCUUACGGCUUCAUCGGCCGCUGCAUCUGGUACUUCGUGCACCACACCCCGGUGCACCUCUUCGGCGGCGGCCCGCGCUGGGGCUACUGA